AUGGACGACAUUGCUCCCAUCCAUAGCGUCGAUACCUCGGGCAGGAAUGAGCCAAGUGGAGUUUCUACGGGCUUCUCGACUGGUACAACACGGUUUCCCUCUCAGAAUGAUUCUGUGCUUCGAGACCGUCAGACUGGCGACAUCCAAAAUGAGAUUUUUGGUUCCGCUCUUACCCACCGAAGCUCAGAGCCCAUCCACCUCGAGCCACCGCCAGUAGUUGUCCGACCCCCGAAGAUCAAGAGCGAUGGCUUCAGCAAUGCUGCGCUCUCCUGGCUGUCCUGGAGUAAUAGCGAACAGAAGGACUUUUCCCAUUGUGUAAGAACGACGCGGAAAUCUUACUCGUCAACAAGGUCCUUCCAACUCUUCGGGCUCACGUUAACAAGAGACAUCACUUUCAAGACUACCGAGAGUGGUGUGGAUGCUGCAAAGGUGAACAUAGGCUUAGGAUGGCACGGAAAGGAGGCGCAUUUUGUCCGUGAUCAUCUACCAAAAGCACAAGGGAUUCUGCAGCAGCAUGUUCGAAAAGACGCCGCAGAAGCAUCCGAAUGGACUCCAAGUCAAGAGAACAGCACUACUGCCACCGACAUCGAACAGCAACAACAUCCCAGCCACUCUGGAAAGUCGAAAGAAAUCCACAGGUACGCACAUCCAUGGCUACACGAUUAUUAUUACGUAGUGGUUGGCUUCAUGAGCGAUGGGAGUAUACCCAAAGAGACCAUACGUCGCGUUGUUGAAAUUCAAGGUCUAUUCCAGCAAAUCCGCAGAGCGCAGAGACAUUUGAGAAAGCCGUUCCGCAGAGUGUUGUCGUUGAAGGAGGUUGCAGGUUUCGGCAUCUACGAGUGCGAUCCGAUCAAAGGCUACCAUCGAGAAGUAGAACUCGACAAGGACACGCAGAGAGCACUGGCGGAAUUGUGGCGAAGUUACAACGACAACAACCUCGACUACGAGGGCCGUUGGCUGAUGUGGAUCCACCAGCAUUUCAAUAACGGAUCCAAGAAUCCAGAGAUGGGCAGAUUGGCUCUUGAGCUGAAACUGCAAUGGUCCGUCUUCAAAGUCGUCAUCUGGGGCAUCAUUCCAGUGCUGCUCAGUCUGGCCAUUGGGUUCUGGUACAUGUACUCGGAUCAUGGCGAUGUCGACGAUGUCGCCGUCGCAGAGGCAGCUUGGGUGAUUGCCAGCUACAUUGUCACCACCUCAGCUCGUGAGUAUAACCUGACCUUGUUCUUAGAAAGUGUCAACCGCUGA